AUUGUUAAGCCUUUCUAAUUUUUAAUUGAAUUCAAUUUAGUAAUUUGUGGAAAUUUCGAGUGAGAACAGUUACAGACACAGGUGGUGAUAAUCAAAUCGCGCGCAAAUGAAUAUGCCACCCUGGACAUAUAUCGCAUGCUGUAUCGGCCUAUCGGUGCGAUAAAUCGAUAAGCCACACAUAAGUUCACUUUGGAUUUGGAAUUGCAGCCUUGGUGUCGUCGCUUUGCACCAGCAAACCAGCCGACCAACAAAAAUUUUUUAUUCCAAAAAUAUACGUACGCGCGUGAAUCAUACGCGACGUCUCGACUCACGACACGCACAGCAAAAAGAAAAAAUCGAGUGUACAUAGUAUAACAUAUAAAUAUACAAAAUAUUCAGUUAUUGAAUUUUUGUAUUACACGUAUACGCAUACGCAACGAGAAUUUAUUGCAGUAAUUGCCGCCCCGCAUCGCCCCGCGCCGCGUUUCCCCCUCCGCCCCCCGUCUGUGCUGUCUGUUACUAAAAUUUGUAUUAAUAGUUGUGUUCCAUCUGUGUUCAGUUCAAAAUGUUUAGUUUUCUGAAGCGCGAGACUAAAAACCAAGAGGUUGUCGAGAACGUCAUUGGCGAGCUGAAAAAGAUUUAUCGCAGCAAAUUGUUGCCGCUGGAGGAGCAUUAUCAGUUCCAUGACUUUCACUCGCCCAAGCUGGAGGAUCCGGAUUUCGAUGCCAAGCCCAUGAUAUUGCUGGUCGGCCAGUAUUCGACGGGCAAGACGACCUUCAUACGCUACCUGUUGGAGCGAGAUUUUCCGGGCAUUCGGAUCGGGCCGGAGCCGACAACAGAUCGCUUCAUUGCCGUCAUGUACGAUGAUAAGGAGGGCGUAAUACCCGGCAAUGCGCUGGUCGUCGAUCCCAAGAAACAGUUCCGACCGCUCUCCAAAUAUGGCAACGCAUUUCUGAAUCGAUUCCAAUGCUCGACGGUGGCAUCGCCCGUGCUGAAUGCCAUCUCGAUUGUGGACACGCCCGGCAUCCUGUCGGGCGAGAAGCAGCGCAUCGAUCGCGGCUACGAUUUUACCGGCGUGCUCGAAUGGUUUGCGGAACGUGUCGAUCGCAUCAUUUUGCUGUUCGAUGCACACAAGCUGGACAUAUCCGACGAGUUCCGGCGCUCGAUUGAGGCGCUCAAGGGGCACGACGAUAAGAUCCGGAUCAUACUGAACAAGGCGGACAUGAUUGAUCAUCAGCAGCUGAUGCGGGUCUAUGGCGCGCUGAUGUGGUCGCUGGGCAAGGUGCUGCAGACGCCGGAGGUGGCGCGCGUCUAUAUUGGCAGUUUCUGGGAUCAGCCGCUGCGCUUCGAUGCGAAUCGCCGGCUCUUCGAGGACGAGGAGCAGGAUCUGUUCCGUGAUCUGCAAUCCCUACCGCGCAAUGCGGCUCUGCGCAAGCUGAACGAUCUGAUCAAGCGGGCGCGCCUGGCCAAGGUGCAUGCGUUUAUCAUAGCCGAGCUGCGCAAGGAUAUGCCCUCGGUGUUUGGCAAGGACAGCAAAAAGAAGGAUCUGAUCAAGAACCUCGGCCAGGUGUACGAUCGCAUUCAGCGCGAGCACUCCAUAUCGCCGGGCGAUUUCCCCGACAUCAAGAAAAUGCAGGAGGUGCUGCAGCACCAGGACUUUACCAAGUUCCAUUCGCUGAAGCCGCAUCUGCUCGACAUUGUGGACAACAUGCUGGCCAAGGACAUAGCGCGUCUCAUGGAAAUGAUACCACAGGAGGAAAUGACGCUCGUCCAAGACCCAAUCGUCAAGGGAGGUGCCUUCGAGGGCGUCAUCGACGACAAUGUCUCGCCGUUCGGUUACAUGAAGGGCGAGGGCAUCGAUGCCGGUUGCGGCGAGCACGAAUGGAUAUGCAACAAGGAUAAGCCGCGCACAGAUGCCAUCUUCAACGGGCUGGGACCGGUAGAUGGCAAAAUCUCCGGCUCAACUGCCAAGCAGGAGCUCAUCAAAUCGAAACUGCCCAACUCGGUGCUUAGUAAAAUCUGGAAAUUGUCCGACAUCGAUUGCGAUGGUUUUCUGGACAUUGAUGAAUUUGCGCUGGCGAUGCACUUAAUCAACGUCAAGCUGGACGGCUGUGAGCUGCCCAAUGCCCUGCCCGAGCACUUGGUGCCGCCGUCGAAGCGUUUCGCCUAAUCCUCUCUGGCAUUCAUACAGAAUUCGCACACCCUUCCCUACCACACACACAAAAGACCGAGCUCCUAUGGAAUAAUAUGCUGCACUCGUGUUUCUUGUUUCGUUUCGUUUCGCAGAAAUUGUCUUUUUAUAUGUACUUUAUUUGUCUAUAAAAUUGCUAAACUGGGUUUUUUUUAGCCCCAUCAAAGCAUUGUGGCAUAAAACUAAAUAAUAUCAGAGAAAAAAAAAUCAAGCAUGCAUAAAUUCAUAGAAUUUACACAAGAAAUAUUUUUGGAUAACAAUCAAUUUUAAAUUGUACAGCGAGAAGGAAUUAAUAAUACAUAUAUGAAAAAACUAGCUAGUGGAAUUAUACAAAAUGAAACAAUUCAGUCCUGUAUAUGCGCCGCCUAGAAAGAAAGAAAAAGCCGACGUCAAAUGUUGAUUUAAGAGAAAAGUACAUAAUAAUCACUUGUUCAAUGAUAUAAUAAUAAUAAUAAUGAAUAAUGAAAAAAGGCACUAAAUAAAAACGUAUACAAUAUGUAGGCUUAAA